CCGGGGUACGAUGGGUGCAGCGACGCGCGACGCUAUCCCGAUCGUCAUCAUCAGCAACCGCGUCUUGACCAAGAAGCAGUUUGCGGGCAUUCAGUCGUAUGAGCAUGUCUACUAUCUCCGCGGCUCGCCGCUUGCGCUACCCAUCCUCGAGACUGCACGAGUCGGUCGCAGUAAACGCAUUGUGAUCUUGCGCAACUGCUCCGAACUCGCGAACGGUGAAACCGAGACCGACCCGAACGACGUGAUGGACCAAAACAUGAUCGACACGGAUGCGAUUACCCUCCAUCGAUUCCUCACCGAAGUGUGCGCGGCGCAGCGCUCGGACGACAUGGCGCGACCGACGAUCCUCAUUGAGCUCAGCCGUCCGAAUAGCCUCCGGUUUUUGAAGGACCCGACGCUCAACUACCAUGACGACGACGACGCGAUCAAGAUGCUGACCAAGCAAGCGAUUGCGCGCGUCGACGAUCCGCUCGACCGUAUCUGCAACCCGUUGUAUGCGUCGGGCAAAGUGUUUGUGUCGAAUGCUCUCGAUGCGCUCUUGGGGACGUGCAACAAGUAUGGCAGCCUUCUGGAGCUCGUGCAGCUGCUCGUUUUGGGCGAAAAUAAUGCGGGUGGGCUCGAUCAGAUGGACAUUCCGGUGCUCCAAAAUGGCCGCCCGUACGGCGCUUGCUUCGAAGAGCUGCUUGUGCACCAAGGCAUUUUGUGUCUCGGGGUCUACCGCGCGCGGCCCGAAGCCGACACGAGCUACGUGGUCGUCAACCCGAAUCCAGGGCUCGUCCUCGAUCCUGCCGACAAGCUCUUUGUGCUGCGGUAGCAUGCGUUUCGGCGCAGCUAAUUUUG